AGCACUUCCGCUUUCAGACACAGGAAUUCGUAGCCAGCAUGACGUCACUUAUCCUGCCAGCGGCGAGUGUGUAGCUUUCCCCCCCUCCUGUCCAGGAGGAAUAUUUAGCAGCUCACUUCUCAGGACCAGUCGUUCGGUUUCUGGGUUGUUGUUCGCGGACCUCAAUCCCACACGGACGCAGAGUUCCCGUAGUAUGCGACGUUUGUGAACGGUUAUUGCCGACGCUCGCCUGUUAAAUGGAAGACACAGAAGGUACAAAUGAGUGUUACUGCGCGGGAUGCGGAGCGAUAGUCCAGGAGCAGUUCCACAUGAAGGUCCUGCAGGACACCUGGCACAGCGCCUGCUUCCAGUGCUCCGUGUGCUGUGACCACCUGACUAACUGGUAUUAUGAGAAGGACGGCAAGCUGUACUGCCGCAAACACUACUGGGAGAAGUUUGGAGAGCUGUGUCACGGUUGUUCUCUGCUAAUGACCGGACCUGCGAUGGUGGCCGGUGAGCACAAGUAUCACCCCGAGUGCUUUGUGUGUCUCAGUUGCAAGGUGGUGAUUGAGGACAGAGAUACUUACGCUUUAGUGGAGCGCUCCAAACUUUACUGUGGGAAGUGCUACAAGCAGGUGAUCCUCACGCCCAUGUUGGAAAAGCGCUCACAUGACUCCGUCCUGGACUCCCUGCCCCACACAGUGACACUCAUCUCCAUGCCGUCCGCGGCCAACGGCAAGAGGGGCUUCUCGGUGUCUGUGCUGAGGGACGCCAACGGCUCAGCGAGUGUCCAAGUCAAAGAGGUCAGAGGGAUGCUCAUUAGUCCAGAGGUGCGCAAUGCCAUACACGUUGGAGACCGGAUCCUGGAGAUUAAUGGCCUUCCUGUGAGGACGCUGCUGGAAGAAGAGGUGGACGACCUGAUCCAUCGCACCAGUCAGACACUACAGCUGCUUAUAGAAUAUGACCCAGUCAGGCAGCGUUUGGACCGUCUCAGGCUGGGAUCGCCCAGGAACCCCCUGGGAGCUCCAGCAACCUCCCGGAUGCGCUUGUCCUCGCCGUCGAACGCAGUCCUGGAGAGGUCUGAGGUGGAUGACGGCACGCUGAAGAGGAGGUCUUUGAGGCGCAGCAACAGCAUAUGCAAGUCCCCUGGGCCCAAUUCCCCCAAAGAGCACCUUUUUUUGACCCGAGACAUUGGGCGCUCGGAAUCUUUGAGGUCCUCCAGUAGCUGCUCUCAUCGCAUUUUCCGGCCGUGUGACCUCAUCCACGGCGAGGUUCUGGGGAAGGGCUUCUUCGGACAAGCCAUCAAGGUGACUCAUAAAGCCACGGGAGAGGUGAUGGUGAUGAAGGAGCUGAUUCGCUGCGACGAGGAGACCCAGAAAACUUUCCUCAAGGAGGUCAAAGUGAUGCGGUGCCUUGACCACCCUCACGUGCUCAAGUUCAUCGGUGUUCUCUACAAGGAUAAAAGGCUGAAUUUGAUCACAGAGUUCAUCGAAGGAGGAACCCUUAAGGACUUCAUCAGAGACACGGAUCCAUUUCCAUGGGACCAAAGGGUGAGCUUUGCAAAGAGCAUCGCGUCUGGCAUGACAUACCUUCAUUCCAUGAGCAUCAUACACAGAGACCUCAACUCUCACAAUUGCCUGGUUAAACUGGACAACACCGUGGUCGUUGCUGACUUUGGACUGUCCCGACUCAUUGUCGAAGAGAAAGUGAAACCGUCCCCCGAGAAGAGCGCCACUAAGAAAAGGGUGUUCCGACGUAUUGACCGCAAGAAAAGGUACACCGUGGUUGGAAACCCCUACUGGAUGGCGCCGGAGAUGCUUAACGGGAAACGCUAUGACGAGAAGGUGGACAUUUUCUCUUAUGGAAUCGUUCUUUGUGAGAUCAUCGGAAAGGUCUACGCAGACCCCGAAUGUCUUCCCAGGACUCUGGACUUUGGUUUGAAUGUGGGCAAGUUUGUGGAGAAGUUCCUACCUGAAGAUUGUCCUGCAGCGUUCUUUCCGCUGGCUGUGGCGUGCUGCGACCUCGCACCGGACAACCGUCCACCCUUCCAGAAGCUGGAGGACUGUUUCAUAGCUCUGUCCCUCAACCAGGAGCUGGGCAUUCCUCUGCCCAUAGAACUGGACCAACUUCACCAGAGUCUGAGUCGCCUCCACUGGCCCAAAGACAGUUCUUGCCCGCUGCAGAGCACAGACCAGAAUGAGCCACAAACCCCGAACGCAUCCUCUCUGGACAGUCCCAGCAUGUCUGACAGCGCCACUUCGGACUCAGAACCUUCUGGCCUGAAAGAAACCCUGUGAGCGUACCAGGAACCAGGAAACACCUGAUUUGUGCGCAUUUCAGUUUUUACUUUUAGAAUGUACUCACGUUUACCGUGCAGAAAGGCAACAAGCAGCUCUCUGCGUUCUGUGUUUCCACAAGUCUUCACAGCAUCUUUUACACUAGUUAGUUUGCAAGUCAGGUGGUUUUUCUGCAGCCGCCAUGUUUGCUCCUUCACAGUCAACACGAGCAGAUUCAUUGCUCCAAAAGCAAGAUUAGAGUUUUCAUUUCACUUCUCAUCCAAGGAACAAGAGUUUCUGCUGGACUUUUUGCACUUUCACUUCUUAUUUGGCUAAGCUGACACCAACAGGUCAAAAUUCACAUCUCAAAUUUGCUGCUUUUUUUAAAGGACUUGUUACGACUAAGACCUGUACAGAAGAACUGGAUAUUAUUUUUGUAUUCAUUCAAAUGUUUAUAUUGUACAUAAGGCUCGAUGAGAGCUCUCUUUUAGAAUCACAUUUCAUACUUUGUGGUGUUAUUAUUUUUUUAGUGAGGUACCGACUGUAACCACUAAUAUUUAAUCAUCAGUAGCUUUCACAAAUAAACCCUCAGACUGCUUUUCUUCA